AUGCAUUACUCAUCUCAAGAAGUCAGCGAGGGAGGCGCAUUCCAAACUAACGAAGGAAAAGAGAAAGGAACUAAGUGGGGUAGAUUUCAAAUCAAACAGAUUCGGCAGGAGAUUGAGAAUUUAAAAGAAUGGAACACAUUCCAUUCCCCGGAAAUUGACGCUGAAAUCAAAAGGGAAACAAAGGUGAAGUUUAGAACCCUUUUGGAGUUGAAAAGGGUGCGCUCAGAAAUAUGUCAAAAAUGUAGGGGAAAAAUCACAGAAGUUGAAGAUAGGUUACUUCUUGUCGCUGCAGAUACUGAGGACACUAAAGAAACUUUGCCGUUGGGCAAAUAUUUAUUUGAUGAGAGUAUACCAGCACAUUUGCGCUUAACAAAGCUAUUGUUACCCUUAUACGCUCCCGAUAACCUGGCGACAUCGACAAUAGAACUUUCAAUGACAAAUGAUGAAGUCAGGCUGUACAUAAAUAUCGCCGAGCUUUACAACAACUGGCAACAUCAUAACAAUCGCGGCAUUAUUUACCAUCAUUGCGAAUAUGUCAAAACGUACGAUAAGCCAAGCAAUCGCCAAAGAAGGGUAAUUACCCGGCAAUGA